AUGCUGAAAAGAGAGAUGAAACCAGAAAGGGACAGGCCGAGGAGAGUCCGGUUUCGGAUCGCGUCGUCUCACAGUGGGCGAGUUCUGAAGGAGGUGUACGAGGACGGGCAGCCGCCGGGCUCUCUGGAUUCCGAAUGUGCCAGUAUCUGUGGCAUAGAUGGGCUCAGUGACUCCGACGGACAGCCAAAUGGCCACCUAGGGUCGGAAGGCGACGAGCACGAGAAUGACCAGGAUAACCUGCUGGUGUUAGCAAGGGCUGCCAGUGAGAAAGCUUUUGGUACGAGAAGAGUCAACAUUUUAAGCAAAAAUGGCACAGUCAGAGGCGUAAAAUACAAAGUGAGUGCUGGCCAAGCUCUGUUUAACAACCUGACCAAAGUAUUGCAGCAACCACCAACUGACCUAGAGUUUGACCGCGUAGUGAUUUAUACCACCUGCCUUCGCGUGGUCCGGACAACCUUCGAAAGGUGUGAGCUGGUUAGAAAGAUCUUCCAAAACCAUCGAGUAAAAUUCGAAGAGAAAAAUAUAGCCCUGAAUGGUGAAUACGGAAAAGAGUUAGACGAACGAUGUCGACGCGUUUCUGAAGCUCCUUCCCUCCCUGUCGUGUUCAUCGAUGGCCAUUACCUCGGGGGUGCUGAGAAAAUUUUGUCAAUGAAUGAAUCAGGAGAACUGCAAGACCUCUUAACCAAAAUUGAGAGAGUGCAGCAUCCACACGAGUGCCCCUCCUGCGGAGGCUUCGGCUUCCUCCCCUGCUCUGUGUGCCACGGGAGCAAGAUGUCCGUGUUCCGAAACUGCUUUACAGACUCUUUCAAAGCCCUGAAGUGCACAGCCUGCAAUGAGAACGGUCUUCAGCGUUGUAAGAACUGCACCGGUUAGUCGGAGCUUCUACCCAGGAAAAGCCUUAUUUUAUUAACAAAAGGUAAUAAUUUGGUUUAUACUUUUUUUAAAAAAAAUGGUCAUGUUUAUGGAUUAAUCAAUAAACUUUGUUUAUUAUAA